GCAUUGCUUGACCAGUCCGGGUGAGCGGGGAAAGCUCCAACUACUGUCACCCACCUGUAUCCCGGGAGGGUCUUUGGCAGACGAUGCUCAGUGUCCGAGUUGUUGACGAACCAGUUAGACGGGCGACUGGCAUUGCUUUCGGGGCGUUGAGAAGUGCGCACCUCACCCACCUCGACUGCGUGCAGUAAAAUAAAAAUAACAUCGCGGGGCCUAAAACAAGAAAAACAUUCUCGAUAAGGAAAGGCGAGGCAAAACAGUUGCGCCGCACACUUCGGACCGGGAACAACGCAUAACCGACCCGAUCCGAUCGCCGCAGUGAGCUCAUUCCGGCGGAAUCACAACGACAUGCCCGAUAACAGCAACAAGUUCUGCGCCUCCAACGAUGUCCGCAUUCCGGCCUGGAUCAACGAGGCCUACUUCAAGCGGCUGCUCAAGCGCGAGUUCCGCGAAUUCCGUCGCAUCCUAAACCUCUCGAUUAUUCCGGCCACACCGCCCGGCGAGACCUACACCUCGCUGCUGAUGCGCAUCGUCAUUGACAUUGAGAUGAAAGAUGGAUUUUCUCAGCAAAAGUCGUACAUAGUAAAGACCAUGCUAGACGAUGCCCAGGGAAAUGGUGGCUUCGUGAACACCCUCAAUAUAUUUCCAAAAGAGAAGAUGAUGUACGAUACGAUCAUUCCGCAAUUGGAACUUAUUUACGAGCAGGCUGGACUGAGUGUGAAAUUCGCACCCAAGUGCCACUGGUCGGAGGAAAUUAACGGACGGAUCUGCAUGGUGCAGGAGGAUCUGCAAACAAAAAAAUAUAGGAACAUCAGUCGCCUGAAAGGCUUUGACAUGCCCCAAAUGCAACGGGUGCUGGAGAAAUUGGCCGAAUUCCAUGCUGCGAGUGCCGUUUGGCGUCAGCGGAACGGACCCUUUCCAGAGGAAUUUCAACGAAUCUACCUUCCCGCCAACUACAACCGAUCCAAGUCUUAUCAGGCGAGGAUCCAGAGCUAUAAGAUAGCUAUAGCCAGUUGGGGUCUGGAGGAUCACGAGCAGUACGUGAGUCGCAUCCCCACGGCCGAUCAAUUUGUGCAAUCCUAUGCCCGCUGCUUCAGCAACAAUCCGCAUGAAUUCAAAGUGCUUAAUCACGGUGAUUUCUGGUCCAGUAACAUAAUGUUGAAUUACACCCAGUCUGGGGAUGUCAACCAAGUUCGUUUCGUGGAUUUCCAGCUGUGCAAAUGGGGCAGUCCGGCUCAGGACUUAUGGAACUUUAUAAUAUGUUCCGCCAGACAUAGCAUAAGGAUCCAGAAUUUUGACUGCUUCGUAAGAAUUUAUCAUACUCACUUAGUGCACUGUCUAAAGAUCCUGAAAUACGGUGAGAGAAUGCCAAUGCUCAGAGAACUGCAUAUGAACAUGAUAAAAUAUGGAUUUUGGGGUUACUUUACGACCUUCACCCAUCUGGUGUUCAUCCUGCUGCCCGUGGACACGGAGGCCAGUUUGGUUAAGCUAACGCAGCCUGGAGAGGAAGGAGAUCGGUUCCGGGCGAAGGUCUACACAAAUCCACUUUACGUCCGAGCUGCCCUCAGUAUAUUUCCCUUCCUCUACCGGCGUGGCAUUCUAGACUUUUGAAGCGUUUCUACUUAUAUCUAGGUGACCUAUUCCGGAAUAUCAAUACACGUUUAUUUACUAAUAGACGAAAUUAAAAUUUCUUGAAAAAUAAUUCCACAUUUCACUUUUAAAAGAAAAGACAAAUCAGUGAAAGUUUAUAACCCAUAACUUCCAUCUCAUUUAUGCCGACUUCGACUGAGCUACAAUAAAAAAAAUGUUUGAUGUUAUUAAAAUAAUCCAACAUCUUAUAAUAAAAACUGAGUAUUUUAUUUUGUAUCAAGAAAA